GGAAGACCAGAGGAAUGCGGGUAUGCGACUUGGCCGUCUGCCAAUUCAGCGGAUUCGAAAUUCCUACUUCGCAGACGUUCAUGGCGCCAUUGCCAGCAACCAAAGAAGCAACCUUUUCCAAAAAACCACAAACCUCUAAACCGAAAAAAGUGAUGAAGGGAAGAAAAAGAAAUGACCUUCCCGCCGCUGAAGUUGCAAAAGAAGAUGAGCAAAAAGGCGUUGCAGUGGCAGAUAUCGAAGACCUAUUCAGCGAAGGAGAAACCCGGGAAAUCAGGGAAUCAAUGCUGGAAUGGUACGAUUGUAACCACAGGAAGCUUCCAUGGAGAAGAAAAGAGGCGGAAGAAAUUGUUGGGGAAGAAGAGAAGGUGAAGAGGGCUUAUGGGGUUUGGGUUUCUGAAGUGAUGCUUCAGCAAACUAGAGUUCAGACGGUGGUUGAUUACUAUAAUCGGUGGAUGGCUAAGUGGCCUACGGUUGAGCUUCUAGCUCAGGCUUCUCUCGAGGAGGUUAAUGAGAUGUGGGCGGGUCUCGGUUAUUAUAGGCGGGCACGGUUUCUACUGGAGGGAGCCAAGAUGAUUGUUGAUGAAGGAGAUGGAUUUCCCAGCACAGUUGCUUCCCUGAGGAAGGUUUCGGGGAUAGGAAACUACACUGCUGGUGCUAUUGCCUCUAUAGCAUUCAAUGAAGUUGUGCCUGUAGUUGAUGGCAAUGUGAUAAGGGUGCUUGCUAGGUUGAGAGCAAUUUCCGCAAAUCCUAAGGAUGCAGCAACGGUGAAGACCUUUUGGAAGCUAGCAGCUCAACUAGUGGAUGUUCAUCGUCCUGGAGACUUCAACCAGUCCCUCAUGGAACUUGGUGCAACUGUCUGCACCCCUUUGAACCCUACCUGUUCUUCCUGUCCUGUUUCUAGCCAUUGCAGAGCUCUUAUAACCUCGAAGCAGGACAAUUCAAUCCCAGUAACAGAUUACCCCACCAAGGUCAUGAAGGCAAAACCAAGAAAUGAGUAUUCUGCUGUUUGUGUUGUGGAGAUAUUAGGUUACCAGGAAACAAGAAAGAAGGAAGUUUCUGGUAGUCAUUUUCUUCUUGUGAAGAGGCCAGAGGAAGGAUUGCUUGCUGGUCUCUGGGAGUUUCCAUCUGUAUUAAUGGACAAAGAAGCUGACUUGAUAAGAAGGCGAGAAGUCACGGAUCCAUUUCUGAAGAAAUCAUUUGGACUUGAUCCAAAAAGGAGUUAUAAGGUUAUUGAAAGGGAAGAUGUAGGAGAAUUUGUUCAUAUUUUCAGUCACAUUCGUCUGAAGGUUUACGUGGAGUUGUUAGUUAUACAGCUUACAGGUGAGAUGUCUGACAUACUUCCUGAGCAAAAGAAAGAAGUUUCCUGGAAGUGUGUGGAUAGUAAGGCUCUUUCAGGUUUGGGAUUGACAACUGGAGUGAAGAAGGUCUACUUGAUGGUUCAGAAGUUCAAGCAAAGUAAGAUCACCAUGAAUUCCCCAACAGAAAGGAAGUUGAAGAAGCCAAGAAAAUGACACCAAACUAGUGGUCCCUCUUACGUUUUGAGUACAAUUGCUAGUGGUCUUGGUCCAUGCUUUGUUGAGGGGACGAUGAUAAAGCUUUACGUCCUCUAGAAGCAGUGUAUGUGAACUUGUGCAACUGCCCUUCAAGAAUAGUGAUGACCACAAGCAACACUGUUGUAGCAGAGGUCAGUAAACAAAGGUGACCAUGAAACUAUGUGACUCGUAGACAGCCAACGGAGCAUUUUGAUUCAAGCUUUCGAGUUCUCAGCCGAGGGGCUUGGGAGAGGCUUCAUUUCAUGCUCGACGGUUUGAAAUGUAUGUUCUCCACAGUAGCAUCCAUUGCUGAUUCUCUUGGGGUUACUUUGUACUCUUCAGUACACCUUGUAAGUUAUUUUGGGAGUUGAUGGCAAAUAUGGGUAGUUUUGAAGGGUAAUUUUUUGUAGCAUUGUAAUGAGAGUGAUAAUUGCUAUACCGACUACGUAUCCUGUAAAAUUUAUCCUUAGACCACUGCCAUGUUGUGUUGUAAUGCAAGUAGAAGGUUUGGAGCCAAGUGGUGGUUGCGAUACAAAGCAAAGGGACAAAGGUUGAGUGACCCUGAUGGGCAGCAUAUGGUGGACCACUGAAGCCUUUGAAAUUUUUUUUCUUUUUCUCCCUCCAAGCCUAAAGGUACCCACAAUUUUGGGCAGUAAUACACAAAAGGAAAUCAGUGGCAUAUAUUGUAACUAGCAGGUUGUGGAUUAGAAGACCCUCUUUCUUUCUCUACAUUCCUUCACUGCCUCUCUUCCAGCUUCUGCAAUCAGCUCUCUUUCACCCUGCUCAUAUGAAUUGUGAAAGCCUUAAUUGAAGAAAGAAGAAAGUAAGUAUACAAGAAAUCAGGCAUCCUCUACAGCUUCAUUCCGGGCUAUAGAAUUCGGUCCAUAGCAUGGCAAGUGCAGGCAGAGCAAUGGGGAUUUCGAGCUUCCCUUCAUCUCCAUCAUCCUUCAUGACGAAAACCAGAACCACUUCUUCAUCUUGCUCCAUCAUUCCAGUGCCGAUGGUUAGCAAGUUGAUGACAGUGAGAAGAACAACCAUCAUCACCUGCUGCUCUGCUGUGCAAGAGUCAUCCACUUCUACAGCUUCCUUGAUUAGUUGCUGAAGGUACGAAGAAGGAAGUGAAACCAGUUAAAGAAGAAGCAGCUCCAGCCAAGCCAAAGCCAAAACCAGCAGCUAAAGCUCCUGUAAAGCCAUUGCCUCAGAUGAUGGAAGAGGAUGUGAUUCCUUCAUUGAAAUCAACACUUGAAGUCCAAGAUGACAUCUCUGAACUUCAACUAUCCUUCCAAGACAACACAUUGGAAGGUUCAUUUGUUAAUAAGAGCAUUCCAUAUUCUUUCUGGGCCUUUUUCCCUGACGGAAUCCUCACAGGUGCAAGGGGGUUUUCCAUCUCCUCUUAUGGCCAAGGAGCCAGCACUGUUGAGCCAUUUCUGAUUGACGAGAAGAAAAUCACAGCAAGACAUGUUGUGUUUUGGGUGGAAAAGCGUUUGGCAGCUCAAGGAAUCAUUCCUGUCUGGAAAGAAUAGAUGCAAAUGGCAUUCAUCCAUCGGAAUCAUGUAAUAUAGAUGCAAACCUGCCAAUGAAUGAAAGGAUCUUUACUCACUACCCUUCUCUUCUAAGGUAAAUUAAUAGUUCCACCAGCUGUAUUAGGGCAACCAUAUCAGCUAUGCAAACAAAGUGCCAGGGCUCAAUCGAAUACAGAUGGAACUCAUUCUGCUCACAUAAAUAACAUAACAUGGGGCAUUAACAUGGUUCUGCAUGGAGCAUGUCUACACCAAACCAGCCACAGUUCUGAAGCAUCCAUCCAUCACUAUUUUUUCUAUAUAACUUGACCCACAAG